AUCAGCUUCACCAAACGCUUCCAGACCAACACACAAGGCUUCCAUCACUUCUCACAAAAGGCCCACAAGCUUCAUUUCCAACCUUCAAAAUGUUCUCUGUCAAGAACCUCCUCUUCCUCAUCACCACCGCCUCGGCCCUCGUCGUUACCAAACGCGACGCAGCCCAAAUCCGCUCCGACCUCCAACUCAUCAACACCGACACCAACGCCCUCAAAUCGGCCGCAGACCGCUACAGCGGCGGCCUCUUCGGCGCCAUCCCCGUACAAAACGCCGCCGACAAGCUCGAAGACGACAUCAACACCGCCACCGACAACGCCAAUGCGUCGGCUCCAGUCUCUGACUCCGAAGCCGCUGAUAUCAUCAGCUACAUCAACAACACUCUCCAGCCAUCUGUUGAUGCUGCUUUGACCAGCAUUGAGAACAAGCGCAGCCAGUUCACUUCUGCUGGUUUGAAGGGAAGUGUUCAGGAUACUUUGGCUACUUUGAGGAAGGACACAAAUGAGUAUGGUCAGGCUUUGCUUGCUAAGGCUCCGGCUUCGCAGCAGGCCUCUGGUAACGCGGCUUUGACCAGGAUUGAUAACGAUUUUGCGGCUACUCAGGCUUUCUAUGCUUAGAUUUGUAAAUUGAUCUAACGAGAAAUGAUGACGAAAAUGGGAGCUCCGAGAAUGCUGGGAUGAGCAUGGAGAUGAAGUCGAUUCGAGGCGGCAUGGGUCAAAAAUAAAUGGACACUCGGGCUAGAAUCCAGAACAGGAAACAGUAACGCAAAAGUAGCAAUCAAUUUGAAAUGAAUUGGUCUCGU